AUGCACAAAUGGAUCAAACUAGUAAGACCCUUUUCUUGCCUCCUCUCGUUCCCAAUUUCUGGUUUCAGCUCUUCAAUUCUGACCCAAGACGAGUUGAAGAAAAUCACCGCCUACAAGGUCGUCGAGUCCGGCAUGAUCUUUCACCUCGGCUCCGGCUCCAUCGUCAAACACACCGUGGAUCGCUUAAGCGAGCUUUUACAACCUGGAAAAGUUCACAACAUCAUCGGAAUUUCCGAGAACACCCACCAACAAGUCAUCUCUCUUAGAAUUCCAUUAUCCAACCUCGAUGACUACCCGAUCCUCGAUCUCGCUAUUGACGAUGCCGACGAGGUGGACCCCCACCUAAACCUAGUCAAAGGCUGCUGCGGCCUUGAUAAUUUGGAUGAUAGCCUAAAGGGGAAGGUUUUGGAAUUGAAGGAAGUGUUGGACUCUGAAUUUGUUAGUGUCCUCAAGUCCUUGGGGUUGGAUGUGGAGAUAAGAUCAAAAGAAUCAAUUGAGCAAACUUUGCCCUCAGAAGUCAAGGCCAAGAUUGAAGUCGAGGCCAGAUUUUUUUCUGCUGGGUUCAAGAACAUGAAGAUGAAGAACUGUUGGGUUCAAGUGUUACCAACAUGA